AUGGCUGAAUUAGAUGUUCUUCUUCAAACUUUACAUAAUGUCCCAACAACCAUUGUUAAUUUAAAUAAAGAUAAAACAAUUGGAAUUCAAACCAAUCAAAAUGAUAUUAUUGAAUUAAAAAAUAAUAUUACUGAAUUAAUAAAUAGUCAAGCAAGUCAAGUAAAUCAAUUUCAAAUUAUGAAUAUAGUGAAAGUAAAGAAAAAGAAAAAUUAUGGAAGAUUGGUUAAAAGAUUAAGACAUAAAUUCAAAUUGGCUAAUAUUAUAUUACAGAAAUCAGAAAAAUCCAAAGUAUUCCAUUUGGGUAAAGUCGAGGAUUAUCGUAAAAAAUCACUAGAAUAUAUGGAAAAAACUCAAGCAUAUAAAUGUCUUGAAAAUGAAGAUCCAUUACCUGAUUUGAUUCAAAGAACAAAUAAGUAUUUGUUAGAUUUACGACUGGCUAAAUGGAUUACUCAAAAACAAUAUGAAUUAUUAAGUAUUAAACCAAACGAAGUGGAAUUGGCACAUUUAUAUUAUUUGCCAAAAGCCCACAAGCCUGAUACCCCUCUACGUCCAAUUAUAAGUGGUCUUAAACAUCCUACAAAUAAAAUAUCAAAAUUUCUUGAUGAUUUAUUACGUCCAUUAUUUGAUAAAAUGGCUCAAGAAACCACAGUUACUUCUGGGUUUGAACUGGUCAAGAAAUUAAAUGAAUGGUCAAUUGUGAAUAUGAAUCAAAAUAAUAUAUUUUGUACUAUUGAUGUUAUUGAUUUAUACACAAUGAUUCCACAAAUAGAAGGGGUGUUGUCAUUGAAGAGAAUGUUAGAUUAUUUGAAACUUAAGAAAGUAGGCAAUUUAAAAAUAGAAACUAUUAUUAGAUUAAGUCGAUUUGUGAUGCAAAAUAACUACUUUUCUUAUGAUGGUCAAUUUUAUCAUCAAAUUCGAGGUGGAGCUAUGGGAUCCCCGUUAACUUUAACAAUGGCUAACUGUUACAUGUUUUUCUUUGAACGAACAAUUGCCAAGCAAAUUAAAAACGGCGGUGGACUUUACUUUCGAUAUAUUGAUGAUUUAUUUAUAGUAAUUAAUUGGCCGGUUAGACAUUUAUUAAAACAAAUCGAUAGAUGGAAUAAAUUAGAUGAAAACAUUCAGUUAAGAGCUAAUAUUGGCUCAUUUACGAACUUUCUUGAUCUAUAUAUGGAAAAUCGAGAUGGUACACUGUUUACUACAGUAUAUCAAAAACCAUCAUAUGAGCCUUAUUACUUGCCAUUUAAUAGUAUCCAUCCGUCACAUAUGAAAAAGAAUAUACCUUUUACGAUGCUCUUACGAGCGUUUAGGUAUUGUUCUACGUUCCAAACAUAUUUAGAUGAACGCGAAAAGUUACGUAUGGCCUUAUUGCUCAAUAAAUAUCCUAAUAAGAUUAUUGAACAACAAUUUAAUAAUGUUUUAUUAAAAUUUAAUAUUAAUCAACCAUUAACUAUUAAUAAUUAUGAUAAAUAUCGUCAAAAGGUGUUUGAUUCACCAUAUAAGGAAUCUACAGAAAUCGAUUAUGAUAAAGUUUUAUUUAUCUAUUUUACUUAUUGCUCAAGUAUGAAAAUGUUUCCCUUAAAAUUUCAUACCUUAUGGAGUAAAUAUUUUGGUGAAUCUCCAAUUAAUGAAAUUAUGCCUAUAUUGGGAACACGUAAUGUUAAAAAUUUACAGAGAAGAUUAAUUCAUAAUGGCUGA